CCGCCUCCAGUACCGGGACAAGAAAGGAGAAGGGAGUAGAGCUGUCUCGGAGAUCGGCGGGCGGCGGCUAUGGCGAUGGCGGCGGCAGCAGCGGGCGGCGAGCCGGUAGAGCCGCAGUCGUUGAAGAAGCUGAGUCUCAAGUCGCUGAAGCGCUCCCUCGACCUCUUCGCGCCCACCCACUCCCUCCCAUUCGCUCCCGACGCCGAGAGCAAACGGAUUCGCGUCAGCUGCAAGGUGAAUGCGGAGUACGGUUCGGUCAAGAACCUGCCGACUGAGCAGGGCCGAGCGCAGGUGAAAGGCGCCGCCGCUCCUUCCAAUGCGUUGGCGCUUCUAGGCACACAAGACACAAAAGAUGCUCCUAGGGAAGGCCCUAGUAAUGCCAUCAUCCCUUCACCGCUUAUGCUUCCUAAAGCACCCGAAUCUGCAGUGCCUGGCAAAAAUACAACCGUAUUAUCGAUCCCUGGGUCAUCUGAUAGAUUCUCGACAUCUGCACUGAUGGAAAGGUUGCCAAGUAGAUGGCCUAAACCUGUAUGGCAUGCUCCCUGGAAGAACUAUCGGGUUAUCAGUGGUCACUUGGGAUGGGUGCGAUCUAUAGCAUUUGAUCCAGGCAAUGAAUGGUUCUGUACUGGUUCUGCUGAUAGAACAAUAAAGAUAUGGGACCUGGCAUCAGGAACGUUGAAGCUGACACUAACUGGUCAUAUUGAACAAGUCCGCGGACUUGCUGUCAGUCAGCGGCACACAUAUCUAUUUUCUGCUGGUGAUGACAAACAAGUAAAAUGUUGGGAUCUUGAACAAAAUAAGGUUAUUCGGUCUUAUCAUGGGCAUCUGAGUGGGGUUUACUGCCUAGCUCUCCAUCCAACAAUUGAUGUCUUGCUGACAGGUGGUCGAGAUUCAGUUUGCAGGGUGUGGGAUAUCCGAACAAAGGCUCAUGUUUCUGCUUUAACUGGACAUGAUAACACAGUUUGUUCAGUGUUUGCUCGGCCAACGGAUCCACAAGUUGUCACUGGCUCACAUGAUACAACUAUCAAGUUCUGGGAUCUUGUAGCUGGGAAAACUAUGUGUACUCUUACACACCAUAAGAAGUCUGUUCGGGCCAUGGCACUGCAUCCAAAAGAGAAAUCAUUUGCAUCAGCAUCUGCCGACAACAUAAAAAAGUGGAGCCUGCCCAAAGGCGAAUUUCUGCACAACAUGCUGUCCCAGCAAAAAACGAUUCUGAAUGCAAUGGCUGUUAAUGAGGAUGGUGUCCUGGCAACUGCAGGGGACAAUGGAAGCAUGUGGUUUUGGGAUUGGAAGAGUGGCCAUAAUUUUCAGCAAGAACAGACUAUUGUCCAGCCUGGAUCAUUGGAGAGUGAAGCAUGUAUAUAUGCCCUUUCUUAUGAUAAUAGUGGAUCAAGGCUUGUGACAUGCGAGGCAGAUAAAACAAUAAAGAUGUGGAAAGAAGAUUUAACAGCAACACCAGAAACCCACCCUGUCAACUUCAAGCCACCAAAAGACAUCCGGAGAUAUUGAUUGCCGCAUAAGUUACAAGAUUGAUUUCGACCGCCCAAAUUCUACCCUUGGUUGAGUGUUCAUCUUGUUGAGCGUUUAUGGCGGCGUUCAAGCCCUAGCGUCCCUGUUGUAUAAUACAGAUUGUCUUGUGCUAGUAUUUAUUGCUGAAUUUGGAGGGUGUUUUCUAGUUUGAAUAUAUUUUGUUCUAUGCAUUGGCAUUUUGUGAUGCAUCAAAUUAAAUUUCUGCAGCUGUAGUGGUGUCUGUAAGUCACUACGGGUUCUCUGUAAAAUCGCGAUCUUGCUAAUGAUUCAGACUAAGUUGAACAGUACGAAUUUUGUUUCGCUUAA